GUUACAAUGCUAAAAAAAGUCAUCCAUCUGGUAUCGACCACAAAGAAGAAUAUGAUGAACUCAUUUUCACAACAUGUUUCAAUGGAAUGCCAUUAAAAAAGCAGUGAAAUUUUUCUUCUAAAAUUUUAAUAAAUAAAUUGUUAUCAAAUUUCAGCUGGUUAAAUACAAAUAAAGUGAAUCAGUGAAUUGCAGCGGAUAAAAAUCAACUAAAUUUUUUCGUAUUAAUCUAAGACUUCGGAAUUUGGGGUAGAGUUUUAUUAUUUAUCGUUGAUUAAGUGUGUUGAAAAGAAAAAAAUUAGGACAAAGGUAAGUCAUCUACAAAACAAAAGCACACACACGCGCGCGUUUGACGAAAUGGGAGAGAAUAUGAAUGAGUGCGUUGGCACUAACGGUGGAUCGUCAGCGAAUCCAUGGGCUGCUGCUCCAUACAGCUACGAUCAGAUCUACAAUUUGGCCGCAUCGAUAGUGAAAAAGCAACAAGACCAACAAUACAGUGCGUAUCAAAAUCAUGUACAAAAGUAUGCCUUAGAGCAAUUGGCCAAACAGCAGAAUAAUGCACCGCCCGGAUUUGGUAAUGUGUUGAUACCGCCACCGCCGCCAAUGUUAUCACAUCCAACGUUAAUGGACAUCGAAGUACCACCACCGCCUAGUUUCUACGGUAAUCAAUCGCCUCAGAACAAUUCCAAGCAGUUUGGUGGCAUCCGAUUCAAUUUGAAUCAGAAGCGCUUACAAAGCAGCCCCUUAACAAACAACGUCAUCGGAAUCAACAAUCAACAUCAACAACAAAUGCAGCAGCAGCAGCAGCAGCACCAAGGCAACAAUGGAAACAAUGGAAAUGCAAAGAAGAAGCGAAAGAAGAACAAGAAUAAGCAAAAUCUGCAACAUAAUCAGUCACCAAAUGGGUCAAUGAUGAAUAGUUCGAAUUUCCUUAACACGAGCAUCCCUCCACCGAUGGGCAUUCCUCCUCCAUCAACUUUAGCACUUUCCCCUCAAGUUACUCCCGAUUUGACAAAACCUCCUCCGGCUUUUACAAACCCUUUUUCUCAAAAACCACAAAUUCAAACCCUUCCCUUGCCAUCAACUCCCCCUUCCCUUUCAAAUCAAACCAGCCCCAUCCCAUCAGCCUCUAGUCCCGCUGUCAAAAAGCCAAAUCCAUACGAUGAUCCGACUGAUAUAUGGCCCGAGAGUCUGAGUCGAUAUGUUGAACGUUGCUAUGCCAAGUGCCAGACCGACUUUGACAAAGAUCAAAUUCAAAUUUGUCUCAAAGGACGAAUCACACAAGCAGCGACCCACGGUGAAUUGAUGACCAAAGACUGGGACAAUGAACCAACGCCAAGUGUUCACAGUGAACGCAACAAUGUAGUGAUUCCGAAGCAGCCAAAUCAAGGUGUGCCCGGUCAAUUGGCUAGCUACCAGAAUAAAUCCGUAACGAAUACACCGAAAAAAGGACUGUCACAAAGUUUAGGUAUGAGAUUAGGUAAUCGCAGAAACAAACGGUCCAGUCGUUCGCGUUCACGUUCACCAUACACAUCUUCGAGUCGGAAGCGUCGUAGCACAAGCAGCAGCCGAAGUGACCGUUCGCGUAGUCCACAACGGAAAUCACGCCGGACAUCAAGCUCGUCGUCAUCCAGUUCGGACGAAUACAAAAGUUUUACGAAACCAAGUAACAAGAAAUUGGGCUCUCGCCUUGGAACAGUCGCUGUUAGCUUACAACAAAGUAAUGCAUCAAAGAAGAAGAACAAGAAUAAAAAGGACAACAACAAAAAGUUUGGAACAUUGGGCGGUGAUAUUGUUAGCGAUGCCGAACGAUUGCAACAGCGCGCCGCCAGAUUUACGGAGAAGAAAGCGUCAACGUCGCAUGUUUCAGUGGUCAGUAGUAAGAAGAAGAAGCACAUGCCAGUGCAAAGCCGUUUGUAUGUCGACGAUAAUGCGGAUAACAACUUUGAUUUGAUCGAUUUCCACAUUGUCGGCACGUGCCGUGACGUGGAAAAGUCAUUUUUGCGACUCACAAAAGCGCCAGAAGCGCACGAAGUUCGACCGGAAGAAGUUCUCGUUUUUUCACUGGCCAACGCCAAGUCUAAAUGGACGGAGAAACAAGACUAUUACUAUGCGUGCGAUCAACUCAAAUCCAUCCGACAAGAUCUAACGGUACAAGGCAUUCGAAAUGAGUUCACAAUUCAAGUGUAUGAAACCCAUGCACGCAUUGCCAUGGAGAAAGGUGACCAUGAAGAAUUCAAUCAGUGUCAAACACAGCUGAAAAUGUUGUACGCAGAUCUUGGCGGACAAAAUCGUCUCGAAUUCACAGCGUAUCGUAUUUUGUACUACAUUUUUACGAAAAAUACCUUGGAUUUAACCACCAUCCUUAAAUCCUUGACGAAUAGUGAUCGAGAUGAUGAGUGUAUCGCACACGCAUUGAAAUUGCGUUCUGCAUGGGCAUUGGGAAACUAUGUGAAAUUUUUCAAUUUAUACAAAACGGCACCGAAAAGUGCACGUCAUUUGAUAAAUUGGUUCAUUGACAGAGAACGCAAAAUUGCCCUUAAAAAUAUUAUCAAAGCUUAUCGCCCAAAUUAUCCAGUCGAAUCAGUCGCAAAAACGCUGGCAUUUGAAUCGCCUGAAAAGUGUGUUGAAUGGAUGACGCCGUAUCAAGUGGCAUUUACCGACAACACAACCAUUGACUGUAAAACAAGUGCCUCAGUUGCUAUCCCUAACAUUGUCUAAAAAAUAUGCUUGCCAACGAACGACGAAUCAUCGACCAACUCUAUUUUCAUCUUGAGUACCUAACCAAUUUUAAUUUUCAAAAAUACUCAAUAUCGCCUGGGAAUAGUUGCGCGUUGCUCUUAGUGAUGUGAUUUUGAAGUUAGAGAGUCUGGAAGAAAAUGCUUCCUCAUUAUUCCAAGAAAAAAAGACAUUUCACAUAAGUUAAACAUCGAUAGCAUAGAACAUGACAGUGUUCGACGUCGGCAGUUUUCUAUAGAUUUCCAACAAAUUCAUUUUUUCGCAUCCAAUGAACUCUAUUCGGUGUAUUUUGUGAAUUUAAUAGUUGUUGCCAAUUGAAAUUGUUGCAUACGAAAGACACUAUUUCAACGAUAUUUCAUACAUCGGCCUCUCCAAUUGUGAAUUGAAGUUUAAAAAAAAGUUAUUUUUACGCCAUUUUUCAACUAGAAUAAUUUCAUCGGACAUUGAGUUUCAUAAUUUCAUACCACCACCAAAUAGUCUCGAAAGAUCCGGUAUAAAAGAAAAGACUUGAUCAAGAUUUCGAAAUUUUGUUUGAGUGUUUCAUUCCAAAUGUGUUAAUUUUAAGUUCGCGUUGAAAUCUAAGUUAAUUUCUCGAGAGAAAAAAAACAAAUGAUUGCGUGGAAUAAACGAAAUUCCAUUCACAAUAUGGGAGCAGUAAGUUGUAUCGUAUCGAUAUCGACUGCAGAAGUGGGAUAAGGAGAGUACAGUCACGGCGAGGAGAUUAAAAUUAAGCUUCACCACAUCAUCGCAUUCGAGGGUCUGCCUCUGUUGUUGAGCAAAAGCACUGACUUGGCACUUGUUUACUCGAGAUGAACGACAAACAAAGACAUAUUAAGCAAGCAUAGAACCGUUUUAACGAUAAAUUCGUCAUUUGAUUGAGCAAAUAGCUGUGACGAAUGCUAUCCACAAUUUAUCACGCGAAAUGCCCACUUCAGUUAAGAGACGAAAACGAUUUUCAAUUGAGGAAUUGAAUAAACGGAGAAUUUGGUUUCUGUGCGAGCACAGAUCAACGUCCGUUGUACCGAGAUCGAGUGAUGAAUUAAAUGAUAACACUUGAUGAUAACUAUGUUGCGCACAAAAACGUUGUGUGCACUGUGCAGUCGACCUCACUGAAAACUGAUCAAAUACGGCGAAUAUCUUUGCACGUUAUACGUACUUCAGCAUCAUUUAUGAAACAAAAUGCACGAAAUUCAAUUCAUCACAACAAAUAACCAGUUUAAAAUCAAUCAAAUAUAAACAAAAAUUCAACCAAAAAGUCGAUAAUCCUAAUCAAAACACCGUUUCAAAUUUUGUGUAAAUAAAAAUCUGUAAAAAUAUUGUGUGCUGAAAAAUCAACCGAUCGAUGGAACUGUGAUGGUGGUACCAUAAUUGUGAUACAAAAAUGAACAUUUUUCAACCCGAAUCAUGUUUGAUCGACGAACUCAAAAGUGUUCACCGCAGAAAUUACGAAUGGACACACAUCAUUCACAAUCAAUUCAAUUCAAGCAAGCAAACAAAAAACUAAUUCACAUCGAUAAUUGAAACACCAACAGAAAAAAAAGACGAGAAUUUCAAUUUAAAGUGGUUUAUUUGAUAAGUGAUUUCCAUAAAUGAUGUUGAUAUUCUUUUACCUUUUUCUUUUCGUUGUUAUCGUUUUGAAUGUUUAUAUUAUUUUGUGAAAUAUCCAGCCCAUUUCCUCCCCUUCACCCACAAGUAACAAUGAUGAGCUUUUGUUUUUCCACACAAAAAAAACAAAACAGUUUAACACAAAAAUAACCCCUCCCAUAAGGGAUUAAUAAAUAUUUUAUUGUAAAUUACUUUUCAAUUUGAAUAAAACUAGAUUUACAGGUUGUUCUUCGAAGAAUUUUGUCGAAUGUGAGAGGAAGAGUGGGAUUGUAUGACAGCAAGUGCGCGCGCGCUAAACCAUUCUAACUGCAAUCUAUUCCGGAACACAGAGAUGUACGACAUAGCCAAAAGCGCGACGUUGAUUUUAUAUUCCCCUCAAAUGUAAAGAGAAUUAGUUAAGGCCAUAGAAUUGCCACCAGGAAUGUCUGUUUACAAAUAACCUCUCCCAUCAUUAAACACACAUAAAAUAAAAUCAAUUGAUCAUUCUAAGUUUCAGAAUUAUUUCAUUUUUUUGAAAAGAAGAAAAAAAUCCUAAUCAUUUCUUUUUUUAAACCAUUCCGAUUUUUCGGGAUUUUUUUUUUAAUUUUCCAACAUUUUGCAGAAAUUGUAUUAAAAAUUUGUGUAAUUUUUUUGUCAUAUAUUUCAAAAGAAAAAAAGAGAUAUUAUUUCGAAUUCAAAACUGACUCAAUUUUUGUUUUUGAACGGAAUUCAAAUUUUAAUUUUAAUAAAAAGACAAACUUCAUUUUAAAUGAGUUUACUAUAAAUAGAUAACGUCAUCAGACUUCGUAGGAAUUUAUUCAUGUAAAUAGAGAUUUACUCCACAAAGGAAAAAUUGAUUAGGGAUUGUUUUCUCAGCGAUAAAGGUCAAUGCUGAUUUAUUAUUGUCUACGAACGUAUCAUUUGUCUUUCUCUGUUUUUAAUGCGUUGUUAUGCUAUUCGCGAUUUAAAACAGACACACAAAAACUCCACAAAUAAAUAUUCUCUAUCUUAUCAACAAAAAAA